AUGUGCACACCUCUACACACGCCCAGGUCUGCGGCCGGCAUAGUGGGCAACGUCACCAAGCGGUUGGACCAGCAGUUCCGGCCUCCAGGCACUCACCUGGACACUUCUGUCUCUGCAUUCUUCGGUAGCCAGGUCAAAUUGAGACCGUUACCGCCCGCGGUGAAACGCCGUCCCCUUCGGGCGGCCAUCCGACCGCCGCAAAGCGCCGCUGUGCCCACUGCAGUAAAGCGCUAUCACGACAGCGCCGCGUUCGGUCUACUAGACGCUGACGCCUGCGCCCCCGCUUUCAACCUUCGGAUUUCCGGACCGCCCCGAGCCUGCAGCCGCGAGCCAGUUUUCUCUGCGCGCGAAGCUGGACUCUCGGAUCAGCCGGAGCUUCGCGCAGUCGCGGAGGCCUCGGACGUGCAUCCUGUGACGGAACGUACGGGGCUCGCCCCGGGAAGUAGCGUCCGAGUCGAUUCCCGAAGACCCCGCAGCCCAUACCGUGUCCUCGAUGAUGACUUUGAUCAGUUUGAUAAGCCUGGUGCAGAGCGGUCCUGGAGAAGAAGAGCUGCAGAUGAAGACUGGGACAGUGAACUUGAAGAUGACUUACUUGGAGAAGAUUUACUAUCUGGCAAAAAGAAUCAGUCAGAUUUGUCAGAUGAAGAGCUAAAUGAUGACCUUUUACAGAGUGAUAAUGAAGAUGAAGAAAAUUUCAGUUCUCAGGAUGUCACGAUUAGUCUCAAUACCACAUCUGGUAUGGUUACAUCGUUUGAACUUUCUGACAACACUAAUGACCAAUCUGGAGAGCAGGAAUCCGAGUAUGAACAAGGAGAGGAUGAGUUAGCUUACCACAAAUCUGACGGUCCGGAAUUGUAUACUCAGGAAUACCCAGAGGAAGGACAGUAUGAAGGCCAUGAUGCAGAGUUGACAGAAGACCAAAUAGAAUACGGGGAAGAGCCAGAGGAGGAGCAGCUAUACAGUGAUGAAGUGUUGGACAUCGAAAUCAAUGAACCUUUAGAUGAAUUUACAGAUGAAGAAUACUUGCAGGCUUAUGGUGGGCAACAAGGGCUGCAAGAGCAGGAAGACUGUGUUGCUGAAGAUGGAUUAGAUGAGAUUACUGGUUCCUAUGUUGCUCCUGAGACCGAAGAGGGAGGUAUGGAAACUUUGGAGCUCCAGAAGGAUGUAAAAGAAGAAUCAGAUGAAGAAGAUGACGAGGAUGAAGAAUCUGGACGAUUACGUUUCAAAACUGAAAGGAAAGAAGGAACAAUUAUUAGGCUCUCCGAUGUAACUAGAGAGAGAAGGAACAUUCCAGAAACUUUGGAGCUUUCAGCAGAAGCCAAAGCUGCAUUGCUUGAAUUUGAAGAAAGGGAGCGGCAGCACAAGCAAGGACGCUAUGGAUCCCGGCGGGGAGGCAGGAGAGGUGGCUCUCUGAUGUGUCGUGGCAUGGGAGACCAGAGAAGAGAGAGCAGUGAGAGGGGGAGGAUGAAAGAUCACAGGCCUGCCCUGCUUCCCACACAGCCUCCGGUCAUGACUCACUCUCCGAGACUGAUCCCCCCUCCGCAGCCGCAGCCACCCCCUCCACCUCCACCACAGCAGCAACAGCCCAUCAGGAGCCUGUUCCAGCAGCAACAGCAUCCGCAGCCUCUGCUCCCACUGCAGCACCCACAUCAUCCGUCCCCACCCCAGGGCAUGCACAUGCCCCCCCAGAUGGAGGCCCCUCGAGUGAUGCUGACACCACCUCCUGUGACUCCACAGCAACCCAAGAAUAUCCACAUCAACCCACACUUCAAGGGUACAGUGGUGACCCCUGUUCAAGUGCCCUUGCUGCCAGUUCCAAGCCAGCCGAGGCCCACCGUGGGACCCCAGAGAUUCCCAGGUCCUCCGGAGUUUCCACAGCAUACACCUGGACCUGUUCCUAACAAUUUUAGCCAGCCCCCACGACUUCCUCUCCAGGACCAGUGGAGAGCCCCACCCCCACCGCAGGAUCGAGACCCGUUCUUCUUAGGAGUUUCAGGUGAACCAAGGUUCCCCAGUCAUCUGUUCCUGGAACAGCGCAGCCCUCCUCCACCCCCGCCACCUCCUACGCUUCUGAACAGCAGUCAUACCGUUCCUGCACAGAGUCCCUUAACAUUCACACAGCCAGGACCAGCAUUUAAUCAGCAAGGACAGCAGCCAGUAUUCCCAAGAGAAAGGCCUGUGCGACCAGCCCUGCAGCCCCCAGGGCCAGUGGGAAUCCUGCACUUCAGCCAGCCAGGGUCUGCCACAACCCGGCCUUUCAUUCCUCCUAGACAGCCGUUCCUGCCUGGCCCAGGCCAGCCAUUCCUGCCCACACAUGCACAGCCUAACCUGCAGGGGCCCUUGCACCCUCCUCUGCCCCCUCCUCAUCAGCCACAGCCCCAGCCCCAGCAGCAGCAGCCACCGCCGCAGCCCCAUCAGCACCAGCCCCCACACCAGCCCCCCCUCCAGCCCCCGCAUCAGCCUCCUCCUCAGCACCAGCCCCCACCCCAGCACCAGCCUCCUCCCCAGCACCAGCAUCACCACCACCUCUCUGCGCCACCCCCUCCUUUGAUGCCUCUGUCUCAGCCUCAGUUCCGGCCACAUGUACAGACAGCACAGCCACAGCCCAGCAACAGUCGGGUGCAGUGCCCCCCACGCCAAGGCCUGCGGCAUACUGCAGCAUCUCAGAAUGUAACCAAACGGCCCAUGCAGCAGAUGCAGCCCACAGCUCCCAGGAAUAGCAAUUUGCGUGAAUUACCCAUAGCGCCGUCUCACGUUAUAGAAAUGAGCGGGAGUCGCUGCUCCUCCACACCUCCAGCUCAGGUGAAGCCCAUUGUCAGCACAUCUCCACCUGCGAGGGCUGUGGUGGCUUCCAGGAACUCACAAGGAAAGACUGAUAUGAAAGUCAAGCCAGUUAGCCCUGCGGCUCAACCUAAGGAAGACUCAAAAACAGAACCAGAGUUUCCUGAUGAAGAUGAAGAAACAAGGUUAUAUCGCUUAAAGAUAGAAGAACAGAAACGGCUAAGGGAAGAGAUCCUGAAGCAGAAGGAGCUCCGGAGGCAGCAGCAGGCAGGUGCUCGGAAGAAGGAGUUGUUGGAAAGACUUGCACAGCAGCAGCAGCACCAGCAGCACCUCUACACCCCACAUACCCCAGGGGAACAGGAGGAGCAGGUGGCUGCUCCCUCCUCCACCAAUGGGAACCCCCUGCUACCCUUCCCAGGUGCACAGGGCAGGCAGAAUGUGAAGACCAGACUUCUUGUGAAAAACCAAGAUGUCACUCUUCCAAGUGUUCAGCCCAAAACAUCAAACUUUGUACCAUCUGGUGCUAAUGUGCAGUAUCAAGGACAGCAGAUGAAACCACUGAAACAUUUGAGACAGGCCAGAAUAGUACCUCAGAGUCAAACACCACACCAAGUACUGCAAAUCAAACCUGCAGACAUGGAGGAGCUCCCACCCAUCCCCCAGACAGCCCGAGUGCCAUCCCUGCAGGGCCGGCCCCAGGACAUAAAGCCUGGUGUGAAGAGGACGGUCAUGCACCGGGCCAACAGUGGAGGUGGUGGCGACGGGCCUCAUGUGAGCUCCAAGCUCAGGGUGAUUAAGUUGUCAACAGGGCAGGGAGGAGAGAGUGACGGCUUUUUCCACCUCGAGGGCCAGCCCCAGCGGCUUCCUCAGCCUCCAGAAGUGAGACAGCAGCCUGCCCGCAAGGUGACGCUGACCAAGGGGGUCCCUCAGCAGCCCCAGCACAGCCCUGUGGGGCCCCACGUGCACUCAGCUGUUCCUCCAGGGAUCAAAAGCAUCCAAGGCAUUCACCAGGCCAAGAAGCCCAUCAUGCAUGGACGAGGCCGAGGAGUGGCAGGUCCCAUGGGCCGGGGGCGCCUAAUGCCCAACAAGCAGAACCUACGUGUGGUGGAGUGCAAACCACAACCCUGCGUUGUGUCUGUGGAGGGGCUGUCCUCGUCCACCACUGACGUCCAACUGAAGAGCCUGCUGAUGUCAGUGGGACCCAUCCAGAGCCUGCAGAUGCUUCCCCAGCAACGGAAAGCCAUUGCGAAGUUCAAGGAACCAGCGCAUGCACUAGCGUUUCAGCAGAAAUUCCAUAGGCACAUGAUAGAUUUGUCCCACAUAAAUGUGGCCCUGAUUGUGGAGUGAGGUCUAACGGGAGAGUCUCGCUUCAUCUGCACACAUGAAUUUCAAGGAAGCUGCCGCUGGCAAGGACCCCAGGAGCACAGCCUCUCCGGUCCACAGCCUGUAACUCUUAUUCAGGCGCCAGCCAGCGCCUGGACUGCGUAGAGCUGGGUGACGGGACAUGGCGAGCAAGAUGGGUGUUGGGUUGCUUUGCAUUCCAUUGCCCAUAAGAACUCCGUUCUCAUUUCCCUUUGUUUCCAAGUGCUCACGAUGCAUGUAGACCCUGUUCUCUAUGAUCCUACUGUUUGAUUGAUCAGUGAUUCAGUCAGGAGGAAACAUUAUGCUGCAGGUUCUGAAUAUUUUUCACAGCAAAGAAUAUUUGAUAAUGGUUGCACUUAUCUUCAGUGCAGGCUAGAAAGGAGUGUCUCCACUGAGCUUCACCAGAAUUAUCUUGUCAGCCCUCAAAGGCUCUGGUGAAAAUAUAGUUAAAAUUUGGGUGAUUAUCGAUUGACAGUGCAUAGCCUGGAAAGCCAGGUGUAAGUGGGGGUUGGGAUGGUGCCGUUGGAAGUGGCCAUUCUGCUUCUUGUAGAUAUCUCCAAAGUGCUCACCACGUGUUCCUGAUUCCCUGGAGAACUCUCACUUGUCUGUGCUCUCCCAGGCAGGCACAGCCCCUGGGGGGUCUUGUGUCCUGCCCUGUGAAGUGAGGCACUGGUGAGGGGUAGUUAGACCGGCUUCGGUUUUCUUCUUUUUAAACGCAGCCCCAGGUGAUGUUUGUAUCACUGGCUUAGUGACAUGAACUAUCAUUGAUUUGAUUACCUUUUGCUUUGAAGGCCUUUUUAUAGGGACCUCACCAUCCUUUAGGGACCCGAGAGCUUUCUUGUGGCUCACUGUUCUCCACACCUAUGUUGAGGAUGACUGUCUCACAGACACGUAGCUUUGGUAGGUUCUGAGGGGAGACUCGCUCUGUGGAAAUCCCUACUGGGCACACACUGGAAAGUGCCUUACUUUGUUUCCACCUGGGUGUUUCACUAAUACAGUGAGUCCAGAGUGGGCCUGAGCUGUAUGACCAGGCAUGCCAGGGCACACUCAGACUUUUUAGCUAUAUGUUUUACCUGUGAUUUCAUGUCACAUUAUUAGUAGAAUUGAUGGGGCAUAGAAGCUAGUUGUCACCACCUCUGGUUAAGCCAUCUUGAGCCUCUGCUCUCCAGAGUGCCCCACAGUAGCUAAGGAGCAGGAGGGUACUGGUAGCCUCUGGUUUUAACGGGUGCAGUUUUAUAUUAUGCUUGCAAAUUAAGUUACCAAUAUUAAGAACUGGAAAGUAAUAUUCAGGCCCUGUAAGUAUUUGUGUAGCCCUGAUUCUGAGUUGACAUCAUAGGCCUAGGUGGGACACUGGGAAGUGCAGGUGCUUGUGUGGAUUCUGGGAAACUGUGGCCCUCAGAGGAUGUCCUAGCAGACCCUGCCCUGCGGUCUUGCCUCUGUUCCAGAAGCCACUGCCCAGCCUAGGCAAAGCUGUCAUUGCCCACUCUUGUCUAGUUAGGUACAGGUUUGUGCAUACAGGUGAAAGUGCAGUCUGCAUGGCCUAGUCCUCAGAGUUGCAUUGAACCAGUGAGUUUGGUAGCCUGUAAGCUCUAGUUCAGAGGGAUCCCAACCACUUAGGAUCUUGUGGGUCAUAGGAAGCUUCAUUUUAUCGGCCAGGACUUAGUAUAAAAUAAAAUGAGUUUAACAGUUUUUUUUUUUAAACCACUUUCACAAAUAGUCUUGAGUGCUGUGCUUUUGAAAUGCAGAUCUGCACCUCAUUUCUGGAAAUCAGCAGGCGCUGAAGCAUGGAAGUUAGUGUUGAGAGAAUAAGUCCUUCUGGGUAACAUUGUUCAAGCGAGGCUUCAGGGCCCCUCCAAGGUCUGACUUUGGCUUUGGCUGAGGGUGGUGUGAGUUCCAGGAGCAUGUGUGUGUGUCCGCAUCCAUAGCCAUCUGCAUAUGCGGGCAAGUGUUCUCUUCCUUCAUUAGUGGAGGCGGAGGUGGCAGGGCUGUACACAGGGCCGGGUAGGGCACUUGAGCGCAGGUGCAGUCCAGCUUCUCAGUGUUCAUGCCCUGGAGCAGCUCAGCACUGGGCAGGCCAAUGCUGCAGGCUUAGUAUCCAUGGAGGAAACGCAGAAAAGGAAAGAAGCAGAAUUAGAGAGAAAUGUUACUUCAUUCUCAGGUGCACUUCUGGUGGGGAAGUCAGACCCCACAUGCACCUGAGCCCUGGGGAAGAUCUGCUGCAACCAUUAUCUUUGUUCUUUAUCAUGCAUUUAAGGUGAGGGGCAGGGCGUUAGCACUCUGUGUACAUAUGGACCUUUUAAAAUGAAUCUUUUAAAAUGACAUGUUAUUGGAAAUGCCAUCUACGUGACAACUUAGCUAUUUGUUAGUUCUUUUGUGCUGUCUUACCAGUUUGAUGGAGACACUUCCAUAAUUGUUUAUGUGUUUGUGUGUAUAUUCGAUUUUUAUAAAGAUGGUAGUAAGUCAUUUUAUCCUCAUCUGUGUAUUAUUUGUUCACAAAUUCAAGAAGCAUUAAGGCAGUAAAUGUGAGUAGAUCUCAGGAGGUGAAUCGGCAGGUGAUUAUGUGUAGUCAAGUAACCUCUCCUCUUUUUGCAUUGUUUACUUUGUCUGUAAUGUAAGUUCUCUCAGCUGCUGACCUGAACAUAGCUUUGCAUUACCCUUGGCCUGGCCACAUUUGUUAAAUUUUAUACUGAUACUCUUCUCUAGGGUAAAUCUCAACUCUUCUUUCCAAAAGAAAUGUGGCAGUAGCCUGGUGUCCUGGACAGGCAGCUUCCUGUAUAGGCCCUGCAACCACACCUCAGCCUUGCUGGGAGGAGAGGGGAUGGGGUGGGAGAGGGUGGUGCUUUAGCCAUCAGCAUCUUACAUCCCUAACAUGCUGUGUAACGGUCCUCCAUGAAUGGCUGCCUAAGUUCCCUUCAGGAGCUUUGCUGAGUUGUGACAGCGUAGAUCCUGUGCCCAGCCUACUGCCUGGUGCUGCAGACAGAGGCUCUGCUGCUCAGGGAAGCUGGUGAGGAGCUAGAGGGGAGGGUGGGAGGAGAGUGAGGGACAAUGGCCAGGAGAGGGGCUCCCUCCACUGGGACAGGGGACACAGGUUAGGUGAAGGGGCCUUUCUCCAAGGACUGGGGUUAAGUCUUUCCCUUUUUUCUUUUGGCUUUGGUUUUUUUCUGUUUGUUUUUACCUGUUACUUCUCUUUGGUUUUAUCGGGAAGGUAAACUCACCUCAUAGACAUUGGACAGACGCUAGUUAUACAAGUCCCAGUGACUUGAUUACACGAGCCCAUGGAGGUCUGUGUAGCGGCUGGGGUAUUGCUCUUGGUCAUCCUCGAUCUCUCUGUGGUGGCUUUCCCUGUCCUCUUGCUGGAGACAAAAUGCCCAGGUAUCAAGAAGCACAAAUGUGAGGCCCAUCCUGGUUGGCUCUGGGCUUCACUGCAUUGCUACUGCCCUUCAUAGGAAUCCCUGUUUAUUUUCUUCCCUUCCUACCUGUAGGGCUCCGUCCUUCACACAGCCGCUGUUAGAUGCAUCAGUCCAAAUCCCCUUCAGGAGCUUGCAGCCACUCUCUGCCUUGUCUACGUAGAAUGGGAGGCAGAACAUGGGGAUAUCUUUUGAGACUAUGCAGGAGUUGUUCUAAAAGGGAAGGGCCCAAGAGAGGAGUCGGGCUCCCUCCCACAAAGGUAGCUGUCAGAGUUUAGGUCAGCUACAGGAAACUUUCCAUACUCUGUGUUUAGUGAGCAUCUCAGGUGGUGUUUUCAGCUGUAAAUUCUGUAAAUAAAGUAUUACUUUGAUAUUUUUAACUAUGAAUGCUACAAAGGCAUUUAGCCUUGAUAUAAUAUUAAAUCCCAAGGAUUUUGUGUAAGGUUUUUUUGCAACCUGUUUAGUUCUUGUCAUUGAAAAUGCAUAACUUCUUAGGUACAUGAGCCCUUGGUUUUGUGUACCAGAGUGAAAGCUGAUUCAUAUUGGAUCCCCAGGUAUGCCUCCUCGUGGCACCCAGGUUACAUACUCAUUGUGACCUGCCUUUUCUAGAGACUGUCGUACAUACCUUAAUUCUCCCUAUAGUGUUUUGUAGGAAAUUUUUUAAGCAAGAUGGGCAGAUGGAAUAGGUGCUUGUAGUGAGAAGUUUCUAAACUACUUAUUUUUUCCUUUUUCUUCUUACAAUCUAAAACAUAGAGAUCUUUGUGUUCUCCUUGGUUUCAUUUUACUAAUUUUAAAAAGGUUUGAGAAAAUGCAGGUCCUUUAGAAAGAAGCAUCCUAUAGUUUUUUAUUUGCCAUUUCCCACAUAUUGGACAAGCAGACAGGUACUGGGUUAAUCUGUACCUUGAAAGAUUAGUAUGCUCCAUAAAAGUGUCCUCUUGACUUUCUACAUGCUUUUCUCCUAAACUAAUUUUUAUUUUAAGGGAAGAAAUAGUGGGAGCUGAUUUUAAAGGACUACUUGAAACUUUUUCAUUCUGUGCUAUUUGGUUAGCAUAUAAAAUAUUUUUAAAUAACAUUUA